AAAAUGAGAGAAAAGAUUUCCAAAGAAAUUAAGGAAGGUUUAAUUGAAAGAGCAAAGGAUUUAAAAUAGUUUUGGAAGAUGUAUCGAUUACUCAUUUAGGAUUUACGAAAGAAUAUGCUUAAGCUAUUGAAGCUAAAUAAGUUGCUUAAUAGUUGGCUGAAAGAUAAAAGUUUAUUGUUUUAAGAGAUGAAGAUGAAAAGAAUGCUAAGAUUAUUUUAUCUGAAGGAGAAUCAGAAACUGCAAGGUUGAU